AUGAAGACUUUGAUAUGCAUCGUUCUGCUCGUGUAUGUGGGUAUGACAUACGCAGCAGUGGUGCCUAACACCCCGAUGGAAGAGCGUGCCCAAGCUGAAUCUGAACUAUUAACCCCUGAGGAGACCGGUUUUUAUGGCUUACUCGGAGGUUGGGGAGGUGGUGGAAUCAGGGGUUGGGGAGGAGGCGGCUGGGGAGGGGGCGGCUGGGGAGGCGGCGGUUGGGGAGGCGGUGGAGGCAGGGGUUGGGGAGGGAGGUCCUGGGGAGGAGGUGGAGGCUGGUUAGGAGGAGGACUUUGGGGCCGC